AUGCAGUACGCCUCGACAGAGCACGCGCGCGGUGCGGCCGCGCAGAAUCUUGCGAUCGAGGGCAAUCAGCCACAGGCAGUCCAGGCGGUGGUGGUCCAAGCUCAGCCAGCGUCGUCGGCUCAGGUGAUGGGGAUACCCCAAGCAGGGCUGACUCAGGCGGCGCCAGCUCAGGUCGUGCCUGCGCCAGGUCAGGCAGUGAUGUACGCAGCCCCGAAGCUUGUCAUCGAGCAUGGGUUCGGGGACAAUCCCCAGCCGCACCAGUGCCAGUGGUGCAACGUCAGCAUGGUCACUCGGGUGGAGAAGCAGCCCAGCUGCGGUACGCACCUAGCGGCCCUGGGCGUGGUCGUGGAUUUGUUUUGUCGGUGGUACUUGUGGAUGUUGUUUGAUUCCCUACUGCGUUGA